AUGGCAGCCAUCCCUUCUAGCGGCUCGCUUGUGGCUACCCAUGACUACUACCAGCGAUGCCUGGGCUCCUCGUCCAGCAGCAGCUCCUGCGGAAGUGCAGAGUACCCCGGGGACACCGUGCCCCAUCCCCCGGGUCUCCCCAAGGCAGACCCUGGCCACUGGUGGGCCAGCUUCUUUUUCGGGAUGUCCACCCUCCCAUUCAUGACCACAGUGUUGGAGUCUCCUGAGCACCCGGCAGAAUCCCCACAGGCCUCCAGAAGCCCGAUCACCCGUGGCCUGGCUCCUGAAACCAUGAAGCAGCAGCCAGUCAUCCAUCCUGGCCAGGCCAACACAAGAACCCGGUCCUGA